AUGGCUGAAUCAGUGCAUUCAAUGAACAACACUGCCCAAAAGUUGGCCGGUAAAGUUGCCAUAAUCACCGGCGGAGCCAGCGGCAUCGGCGAAGAGGCGGCGCGUCUGUUUGCCAACCACGGUGCUCGAAUGGUGGUGAUUGCAGACAUCCAAGAUCAUCUCGGCCACCAAGUCGCAGCAUCCAUUGGCUCUCAUAGGUGCACCUAUGUCCGUUGUGACGUGACGGAGGAAGAACAAGUGAAGAGCCUCGUGGAUUCUACGGUCAACGCUUAUGGCCAAUUGGACGUGCUGUUCAGCAACGCCGGCAUCAUCAGUCCCUCCAACCAGAAACUCCUCGACCUCGACUUUCCCCAAUUCGACCGUCUCUUCGCCGUCAACACGCGAGGCAUGGCGGCGUGUGUAAAGCACGCCGCGCGCGCGAUGGUGGAGCGGCGCGUGAGGGGCAGCAUCGUGUGCACGGCGAGCGUGGCGGCGUCGCACGGCUGCAUGCAGUACACGGACUACGUGAUGUCGAAGCACGCAGUGAAGGGGCUGGUGCGUGCGGCGAGUAUGCAGCUGGGGGCGCACAGUAUUAGGGUGAACUGCGUCUCACCGAGUGGGUUGGCCACGCCGUUGACCCGUGCGGCGCACCCGACGAUGGAGAUCGAAGAAUUGCAGAAAAUGUAUGCACAGAGCUGCAGGCUGAAAGGCGUCUUUUUGACCGCCAAACAUGUCGCUGAUGCUGUGCUGUUUCUGGCGUCCGGUGACUCGGAGUUUGUAACCGGACUCGAUCUUGUGGUGGAUGGUAGUUUUGAGCUUUGA